GGAGAAAUGGUACUUGCCAGCGCGCAUAGGUAUAACUAAGUAGUACAAGGUUUGAGAAGAAGCCGCUUUCUAUUGCCCAGUAUGUCGAUGGUUAGUGCUAACCAUGACCAGCUCUUCCUUCCAAGCAGAGAUCCGGCCAGACAAGACACCGUUGACAGACCCUGCACAGUUCUUUCACCUGAAGUUCAUUCACUGCACAGCAGCUCUCUUUUAAAGCCCUUUGCUGUGGGCAUCCAUCUAAGGGCUAGCAAAAUGGGCGACUCUCAGGAGACCUUGCUCGAGUUUCGCGCCGGGAAAAUGAAGAUGGAAGGAUCCACAGUGAGGCCUGAUACAAGAAAGGGGGUGGUGCGAAUCACAAGGAGCGACGAUGGCCUUCGGCAUGUGAGCUGGGCCGACAGGACAAGUAAUGUCAUUGAAGAGGAUCUGAUUGUGUUCCCAGAGGAGUCUGUGUUUGAGAAGGUGCCGCAAAGCUCAGGCCGAGUCUUCAUCCUCAAGUUCAAGCACGACAACAGGAAGCUCAUCUUCUGGAUGCAGGAGCCAAAGGCAGACAAGGACGAUCAGAUCGUGGCAGACGUGAACCGUAUCUUGAACCACGCCGAAGAUGACUCAGAUGCAGAAGUGAGUGCCCCAGGACAAUUUGAGGAGCUUUCAGGAGCCUUUCGAGCAUCCGAGGAGCUAGGGGCGGAGGUAUCAAGCGGAGUCGGGUCGAGCGGCGUCGAAGCCUCCGGUACUGGCCGCCCCGUGUCGCCAGCUGGCGCCCCGGGAGAGGGCAUUCACACCGGGGGGGCGGUGAAGCUUUCCGAUCUGCAGAGCAUCCUCAGCGGUCUGGGCAGCCUGCCAGUGCCGCCAGGGGCCCGCCACGAACGAGAUACGGGGCCCACCCUUUUAGACGUCCUGCGGCCAGAGCGCAUCCUCCCCCUGCUGAACAACCCCACGAUCCAGGAGCGCCUGGCACCUCACUUACCAGAGAGCUUGCGGACGCCUCAAGAGAUGCGCGAGCUCGUCCAGAGUCCCCAGUUUCAGCAGCAAGUCGAGACCUUCAGUUCGGCCCUCCAAAGCGGUCAGAUGGACCUGUCGCAGUUCGGAAUAGACCCCUCCAAAUAUGGCUACAGCGUCACGGCGUUCCUGCAAGCAAUUGAAGACCAGGCAAAAGACGUGCAAAGCAAAGAGGCAGGGACGUCGAGUAGUGGCACUGCCAAGGCGGGGGACGAGUCGGAAUCCAGUCGGAGGGAUAAAGAUAAGAAACCCGACAAGAUGGACGAGAGUUGACUCUGCUGAUAAGGUUCAGUUCAAUUCCAGCAAUUUCCAGCCCCUUGAGGCUCUUCAACUUGCUUCGGCAUGGCGGCCCCUGUUGAAUUCAAGCUGACCUGGUUUAUAUGAACCCGCAUCCAGCUACAAGCUGUUGCACUUUUAUCACGGUUGCUCCAAUCCGAAUGCGCCGUGCUCGUAGUCCCCAUUGCCGGCCUUCAACACCGAUAGCUGACAGCGCGUAUAUGCAUUUGACGGCAGCGCUCUGGUCA